GUCCCCGCCCCCGCCGCGGCGGGCAGGACCGUGCGGGCUGCGGGCUGGCACCGGGCCCGCCCAGCACCGGACCGGCACCGACACCGGCACCGGCAUCAGCCCCGACGCCGGCCCAUGGCGGCUCCGGCAGCGGUCGCCGCCGCAGGCAGCCGGUGAGCCCAGGCCGGAGCGGGCGGUGUGGCUGGUGACACUGCCGGUGACACGGCCGCUGGCACGGAGGGACCAUGCAGGCGGAGGCCAGAGGGGAAUUCUGCAGCCGGGACCAGCGCCCUGAAGGUGCUGAUGUGGCAGAGCUUGGCAAGGAGCCGCUGGUCCCAGAGCGCCCUGCAGGGACCCCCACCCAUGGGCCGGCCCAGGAGACCCCCCGAGUCCCCGCGGAGGAGCAGGGUGGCAUCCCCAUCCCCAGCGCCGGCCUGCUGCAGGUCACCGAGCGCCGACAGCCCCUGAGCAGCGUGUCCUCGCUGGAGGUGCACUUCGACCUGCUGGACCUGACGGAGCUGACGGAUAUGUCGGACCAGGAGCUGGCCGAGGUCUUCGCCGACUCCGACGAGGAGAACGUGGCCGGAGAGACGCCCGGCGGGCUGCAGCCGCCGCCGGUGCCGCGGGCCGGGUACCUGCGCUCGCCCUCCUGGACCCGCGCGCGGGAGCAGGGCCGGGACAAGAAGCACCUGAGCGACCCUGAGCUGCCGCCGGGACCCCCGGGACCCCCGGACGCCUUCCUGCCCGCCGAGCGCCCGCGGGAGCCGUAGGGACAAAACCCGCCGGGGGACACCGGGAUAGGCCGGUGCUGGUCCCGUCGGUACUGAUGGAGCCCAUCCCCGGGCGCAGGACUCCCGUUAGCCCGCCCGAAGGGCAGAGGCGGCCCCAGCCCCGCGGCGGGAACGUACCGGGGCUGCCCUCAGCCGGUGGCCCGCGGCCCCGGGGGGAAACCGGGCCGGCCCCGCCGGCCCCCGGGAGCGGCACGGCCUUGGUUGCCGGGAGCGGCGGGUGGGGCAGGGCGGGACGGGUCGCACGGCUCAGUGCGGCCCGACGGAGCGCGGCCGGUGCCGGUGCCCGCCCGGUUCUCAUGUAGCAGUGCUGUGAUCCGGUAAAACCGACCGACCGACCCACCGCCGGCCUCUGCCCGUCUGCGCCGCCGCGUAGGGGAGCGGGAGGAGCUGGGGGCACGGAACGCCUCGGGAGCAGCGGGAACGGGGGUGCCCGGCCGGUACCGGGGCAGCGUGGCCGCAGCCACUCUCGAUGGGCGGGAGACCGGCGGUGACUGCGGAAUAUCCCGAUAACGUCGCGCCCCGCAAUUCUACCCCGCGGGCGGCGCUGGC